AUGAGAGAAACUUAUAGAGAUAUCAUUGAGGUUGAUAAAAAACGCCAGCUAGUGGAUCUGGACUACGCGAAAGCAGUGUGUGCCAAACCGGGUUUUUACCUAUUUGAUGAAAGGUUUCGUUCGGUUUUGGGCUUAUCUCCUGAAUUGACCUGCCUCGAGACGCGGGAUUUUCGAUUUGCUCACGAAGCUGGAGUUUACCACAAGGAGACAAACUCAAUAUAUUUCACAUCAAAUUACAGCUCUGGUAGUCCCAUCAAACUUUACAGGGUCCAUUGUGAAUCCCACGAGGUUGAGGAACUUGAUUAUCCUGAAGUGAUUCAAGCAAAUGGCGCUUGUCAGCACAAAGGCAACAUUCUCUAUUGUGCUCAGGGUGACUUGACACAUCCCUCAUCACUGAUUGAGGUCAAUCCUGUCACAGGUGACACUAAAACACUCAUCAAUAAUUUCUUUGGGAGGGAAUUCUCUUCGAUAAAUGACGUUGUGGUGCAUCAUGGAACCGGUGAUAUAUGGUUUACGGAUCCGACCUACGGAUUCGAGCAAGGAUUCAGAAAGGAAGCUAUGCUCCCAAAUCAAGUGUACAGAUUCAAUCCUGAGACCGGUGAACUUUGCGUGGUCGCAGACCAGUUUGAUAUGUGCAACGGACUCUGUUUCAAUCAUGAUUAUACAAAAAUGUAUGUUACCGACACUGGAGCCCUGAAGAUGAGCAAAACAGCUGGAUCUUUUGUUCAUAAUCCCAAAAGCCCAAGCGUAAUUUACGAAUAUGACGUUGUUGAUAAAAAACGCCUAUUCAACAAGCGUGUCUUUGCGUUCUGUGAUGAUGGAAUUCCAGACGGCAUUAAAUGCGACAUCCAUGGAAACGUGUACUCAGGUUGUGGGCAUGGCAUUCAUGUUUGGAAUCCUGAUGGGAUUCUCAUAGGGAAAAUCAUUACUGGAGAGGUCUGUGCUAACUUCUGUUUUUCUGCAAGCGGGAUGUGGAUAUUUUCAGAGUUCCACUUGUUUUUCUGCAGCUUGGGUACCAAAGGGGCCUUAGUGAAUGUGGAGUGCUAUUGA